AAGAGAGGCAUCGCCCCAGAUAACGGUAGAGUUUUGCACUGUGUUCACGAGUGUCUUGUUCACGCGUAAAUCGAACAACACUCAUUCGUGCAUUCAAUAACCCCGAAUCAAGAUAAGAAAAAAAAAAAUAAAAUAAAGAUUAACUAAGAAGAGAAAAAAAAAUAAUAAUCUGGGGUAACCGUGCAACAGACAAAACAAAGAAACACGAGAGAAAUAAAAGAAAAAAAAAAAAAAAAAAGUGUGUAGUUGAAAACCGGGUGACGCGGCAUAUCGUCAAGUUGAGAAGUUUCACAGUGUUGCCUUUGGUGGAUGACAAAACCGUGCUGGUUUUAUCGUUAUAUUAAAGAAUAAUUUAACAACAUAAUUUCAUUGGACAACAGCGUCUUGUUUAAUUAUUGUUAUUAUUGGAGAGGAAGACUAAAUUUUUGCCAUUCUCAUUGAGUAUAUAUGGCAGUUGUGAGUUGUAACAAGGAGUCAGUGAAAAACAGGAAGCUAAUAAUUGUCCAAUAAUAAAAAAUUAAUUGUGCUGGAAAAGUUUCGAAAUCAUCAACAUAAAUUCGUCAUUUCUAAAGAUUGUAAUUACAUUGAAGACAGAAGAUAUCAUUUAGUAGAUACUGGCUGUGAAGAACAAGUGGAAUAAUAAAUAAAUAAACAAAAAAAAAAUAACAAAAAUGCGUGAAUAUAAAAUAGUUGUAUUGGGUAGUGGAGGUGUAGGAAAAUCAGCACUCACUGUUCAAUUUGUUCAGGGUAUAUUUGUUGAAAAAUAUGAUCCAACAAUUGAGGACAGUUAUCGUAAGCAAGUUGAAGUUGAUGGACAACAAUGUAUGCUGGAAAUUCUUGACACAGCUGGAACGGAACAAUUUACAGCAAUGAGAGAUCUUUACAUGAAAAAUGGCCAAGGUUUUGUAUUAGUUUACUCGAUAACAGCUCAAUCAACAUUCAAUGAUUUACAAGAUCUCAGAGAACAAAUAUUAAGAGUCAAGGAUACAGAUGAUGUUCCAAUGGUACUUGUUGGUAAUAAGUGUGAUUUGGAAGAUGAAAGAGUGGUAGGAAAAGAUCAUGGUGUUACACUUGCACGACAAUUCAAUUGCGCCUUCAUGGAAACAUCUGCCAAAGCUAAAAUUAAUGUUUAUGAUGUCUUUUACGAUCUUGUACGACAAAUCAACAAAAAAUCACCAGAAAAAAAAAUGAAACAAAAGAAAAAAUCAAUGUGCCUACUUUUGUAAGGUAAAAGCGGCCUCGGCCGCAAUCAAUCGCCUGACAACCUUGAAAGCAGAUAAUAAUAGAUUCAACAAAAAAAAAUAAUAAUUAAAAAAUAACAAUAAUAAAUAAAUAAUAAAAAUAUGAAUGAAUUAAUUGAAAUGAACAUUUAAAAAAAAUAAAAUAUCCAUUAAAACACAUACAGGAAAAAUUUGAGUAAAAAAAAAAAACGUAAAUGAAAGUCGAAUUGUAUUUUAGUAAUGAAUCAAAGGGAAAAAGCAAAUGUGAAAAGUAAAAAAAAAUAAAACUAGAAUAAAAGAGAAAUGAAUUUACGUUUUUAAAAAAAAAUAAAUAAAUAAAAGUUGUAAUUUUUCUUUUUUUUUUUUUUUUUAAUAAUUACUUUUAUUAUUAUUAUUAUAAUUUAUAAAUUAAAAAAAAAAUUUAAAUAAAACAAUAAUAAAAUACAAAGCAGAAUGCACGUGAAAAGAAUGCGAUACAUAGAUUGAAAAAUAAAAAAUGAAAAAUUUGAAAUAUGGUUGUAGGACAACUGGCGAUGAUAAGAAAAAAAAAAAAAAAAAAAGAAAAUGAAAAAAAAUAUUGGGUGAAAAAUUGUGUAUAUAUAUAAGUUUGUCCCGGGGUGGCUCAUGUGCACGUGCAGCAAAUACCAGCGCACAAAAUAAUAAAUUUUUUUUUUUUUAUUUAUUAUUAUUAUAUAAACAAAAAGAUGAAAAAAAAAAAAAAAAUUAUGGGG